AUGAAUACAAUCAAUAUCUACCACUACGUCGUUUUCAUUAUUCUCAAUGUAACAGUUCAAACUAAAUCUGAAAAAUGUGAGAAAACAUCUCAAAAUGGUCCAUGUUCGACGAAUAAUAAGAUCAAUCGUAAAUGGAAGCAAAAUGCCAUCACUGUAGGUGGUGGACAUGGAAGAGGACAACAAUUAAAUCAACUCAAUCUCACUCAAGGAAUCUUUAUUGAUAAAAAUAAAAACAUUUUCAUUGCUGAUUCUUGGAAUGAUCGUAUUGUUGAGUGGAAGUACGAUGCAAAGGAAGGACAAAUAAUUGCAGGUGGCAAUGGGCAAGGAUAUCGAAUGGAUCAACUUAGUUAUCCAACAGAUUUCAUUGUUGAUCAACAAAAUCAUUCGAUUAUCAUUGCUGAUUAUGAUAACAAACGAGUAAUUCAAUGGUUGAAUCAAAAGCAACAAAUUCUCAUUCAGAAUAUUGACUGUUCUGGCUUGGCAAUGGAUAAAAAUGGAUUUCUUUAUGUUUCUGGUGGUUACAAGAAUGAAGUGAGACGAUGGAAAAUGGGUGAAUAUAAUAACGAAGGAAUUGUAGUGGCAGGCGCAAAUGGUGAAGGAGAUCAACUCAAUCAAUUCCACUAUCCUACUUUUAUCUUUGUUGAUGAAGAUCAAUCUGUUUAUGUAACAGAUCAAGACAAUCAUCGUGUAAUGAAAUGGAGAAAAGAUGCAAAAGAAGGAAUAGUUGUGGCUGGAGGAAAUGGUAAAGGAGAAAAUCUUAAUCAAUUGUCUCAUCCUGGAGGAGUCAUUGUUGAUGAUUUGGGUGAAAUCUAUGUGGCAGAUUGUUGGAAUCAUCGAGUAAUGCGUUGGUGUGAAGGAAAGGAAGAAGGGGAACUUAUUGUUGGUGGAAAUGGUAAAGGAAGUCAAUUAAAUCAAUUGUAUUAUCCCCGUGGUUUAUCUUUUGAUGAUAAAGGAAAUCUUUAUGUUGCUGAUCAGAGAAAUGAUCGAAUUGAAAAAUUUGAAAGACUUUUCUGA